AUGCACACCAAAGAGCGCAAUACAGAAACACAGACGCCAGCCAGCACAACACCCGUCAUCUCGGCGCCGCCACCGGACGGCGGACUGACCGCUUGGCUGCAAGUGCUUGCCGGUCACCUCAUCGUCUUCAACACCUGGGGCUACAUCAUCAGCUUUGGCAUAUUUCAACCAUAUUACCAGGACCAGCUCUCGCUGGACCCGUCUGCCGUGUCCUGGAUCGGCAGCGUACAGAUAUGCCUCGUCCUCCUCGUCGGCGCCUUCUCCGGGCGCCUCUUUGACGCCGGCUACUUCAAGCCGAUGCUCGUCGUCGGCGCGCUCCUGCAGCUCGUCGGCAUCUUCACGGCGAGCGUAGCGACGACGUACUGGCAGCUCUUCCUGUCGCAAGGCCUCUGCACGGGGCUCGGCUGCGGCACCAUCUUUGCCCCGAUGGUGGCCAACACGUCGACGUACUUUGCCAAGAGACGCACCCUGGCCAUUUCGGCGAGCGCCUGCGGUGGCGCGACGGGUGGAAUCGUGUUUCCGCUCAUUGCGAGAAAUCUUCUGCACAGCAUCGGCUUUGGGUGGACGAUGCGCAUCAUGGGGUUUGUGGUUUUGGCUGUAUAUGCUAUUGUGCUGGUGUGCGUUCGGACUCGGCUGGCGCCGCGCAAAGCGGGAGCUUUCAUCGACACGACGGCUUUCCAAGAAGUUACAUAUGUACUUUUUGCGAUUAGCAUGUUCAUCACACUCUGGGCAACUUACUUUGUAUACUUUUAUGCUCGCGCUUACGCCGUCAAUGUCCUGAAUGGUUCGCAAGAUGACUCUUUCAACAUGCUCAUCGUUAUCAAUGCGGUUGGUAUCCCGGGACGAAUGGUUCCAGCAUACCUCAGCGACCGUUACUUUGGCGCUGUCAACGUGUUCCUGCCCACUGUAUUAGCGAUGGCUGUAUGCGUCUUCGCGUGGGUCGGCGUCAAGACCAUCAUCGAUGAGUACAUCUGGAUCAUAUUCCUGGGUUACUUUGGCGCUGGAAUUCAAGGACUGUUUCCAGCGACGCUGGCUGGUCUCACCAAGGAUCUCAGCAAAAGCGGAACGAGGAUAGGCAUGAUCUUCAGUGUCCUACUUGGUAAGAAGGAGGCAACUUAA